AUGGCUUCAACUGAAAAAAGAGAUUACUCUCUCAAAUUGUCAACUUGCAUUUUCUUGGAUUUGAGUGUUCUCAUUCUUGGUGAUGAGAAUCUUGAUAAGUCGAGGUGGGGCGACGACGAUGAUUGCAGAUUUGGUAGGAGAGGUUGUGGUGGCGGUCCAUUUGGUGGACGUAGAGGACGGGGAGGCAUACCUGGUGGAGGUCUUGGAGGAGGAUUUGGGGGUGGUGGAGGUGGAGGAGUUGGUGGUGGAGCGGGUAGUGGUGGAGGAUUUGGAGCGGGAGGUGGAGUAGGUGGUGGUGCUGGAGGAGGUGUUGGUGGUGGCUUCGGUGGUGGUGGCGGUGGUGGUGUGGGAGGAGGUUCUGGUCAUGGUGGCGGGUUUGGAGCUGGGGGAGGUGGUGAAGGGGGAGGACUUGGCGGUGGAGCUGGUGGAGGAGGAGGUUCAGGUGGUGGAGGAGGUAUAGGAGGUGGCUCAGGACAAGGUGGAGGAUUUGGAGGUGGAGGUGGAGUAGGUGGUGGUGUUGGAGGCGGAGGCGGAGGCCUCGGAGGAGGAUCUGGUCAUGGUGGCGGAUUUGGUGCAGGUGGUGGAGUCGGGGGUGGAGGAGUUGGAGGUGGAGGAGGAUUUGGUGGUGGUGGAGGCGGUGGCAUAGGAGGAGGAUCAGGUCAUGGUGGCGGAUUUGGUGCAGGUGGAGGCGUUGGCGGUGGAGCGGGUGGAGGAGGAGGUGGACUUGGAGGAGGAAUAGGAGUUGGUAUUGGGAUAGGAAUAGGUGUUGGUGUUGGUGGUGGAGCUGGUCAAGGGGUAGGCGUGGGGAGUGGUUUUGGUAGCGGAAGUGGUGGCAAUAGUGGACGCCUAGACAGUAAAGCUAAGCGUUGCUGCCUUUAA